UACGAAUAUAGCAAAACGAACAGGCUAGUCCUAGCUGUUGAAAUCAACUAAGGGACUAGGGGGGAUUCCCCCCAAAAACGCUGAGGUGGCAAUCCUUCGGUAGGUAGCGACCCUAGCAGCACUUCCUAGAUGUCGAAAUGUCCGAGUAUUCUGCGCAAGUAGAAGCGGCUGUGGCACGAUUGAAGACGUCAAACUCUGACGCAACAUUUAAGGCGUUGCUGCGGGAUGUCAGUGAUAUCGUCCGUUCCAUCUUGUCUGGCUGCCGUGGCUCGUACGACUACAAUCAAUGGUCACCAAAAAGAAUAGAACUGACAAAGUUGAACAGAGAAAACCAAGCCACAGAUGAUCUAAAAACGUUGCUCCUGGCUCUGGGGUUUGACGACGAUCACCAAAGACCGAGCUGCAUGGUUAUCACUCAUGUCAAUGCAAAUGUUCUCGGUACAUUCCUGGAUGAGACGGCUCGAAUACUUCAGCAUGUAGAAGGUCUCACAACGUCUGCUUUCCCUACCACCGACUGGCCGGCUGCAGUUACAGACGAGAAAUUGCAAAGAGAAGAUUACUGGGAACCGUUGGCUGAUGAUCACCCUCAGAUGAGAGUCCUCGCUCGAUAUUACGCUGAUCGCCACUCUACCGUCUCACCAACGGACGAUAGUUUCAAGAUUGCUGCCGUCUUUUCCUUCUAUUUCUGUACCGUUUUCGUGUCUCUUCCCAUCUUCUUGCAAUAUCUUCAUUCAUGUGGUCCAGUCGAUCGUCUGUGUCGAUGGCUGCGAGUAGCAAAAGAGCAGAUCGAUACAUCUGCCGUACUGCUAAGUCUUCUGCUCUCCUCGACUCCUCAAAGAUCGCAUUUUGAGAAAACGAUGCGCAAAGUCGAAAAUUUUGCCCAAUAUACUGCAUUCGUGCCAAAUUUCAAGGAAGAUUUUCAGGUCAUACAGGAAGAUGCCAAUGGUCUGCUCCUAGAGUUGAAGAAGGAAAUGGAAAAAUCCUCAACACUCGGACUGAUCUUUCGGUAUUCCUACAAUCUGUCCCGACUUAUCAGUCGAGUAACUCCGGUCACUAUCUUUAUGCCCUUGCAUGCGCCCAACAUUUCAGGCGACUGCGUACGUAGCUUCUGUCGUAGUGCCAGAGAGAUCAAACUGCACGUCAGUGCAGACUAUCAAGCCACAGUAGACGAGACAUGCACAUUUCUUUCCAAACACGAAGAAAGACUGGCAUACGAUGAGCUGUCUUCUCUACUCAUUAAACUAGCAGAGAAUUUGAUUGAUAGUAUGAGAUCGAGUGCGACAGUAGAAGCAAGCACGGCUGUUCCUGCGGACUACUACCCUUGCAGUGAAGGUACAGAGCAGCCGCCCGCUGACAGUGAAAGAAUGGUGCGGAUGUUGGGAACAGCAACUGAUGUGGAUGUAGAUGUGACGGGGAGAGACAACGUGAUGUGCACAGAAGCUUUGCACCUGGGCAUUUCGCAAAAAGAGUAUGAGGAAGCGUUUUAUCGUCAGUUGGACGUCGACACAGAAGAUCAACCUCAGAAUCAUGUGAAGCGCAGCGAAGCCACACCACCCGUACCUCCAUCUCUUGUACAGCCAAUUGCACAUCAACGCCACACUGCCAACAGAUGCGACCAAGCAGAAGACGACGUGACAACAAAGACUGCGAGAGAGGUGUAUACUGCGUCAAAUGUGCCUCUAGCGUGGCCAGAAGAUGAUUCUGGACUGGCUACGUGCGAGCAAUCAAGCCAACAAGUUAGUGAUGAUUCAGACGGACAAGAGACGGUGUGUGACAGAAACGAGGGUAACUUAGCAAGACAAAUAGGUAGUAGUCUACAGAGAGCCGAAACAGCAGCAACUGGGCAAACAAGUCACAAACGUCAGCAUGAGGAUCAAAAGAUUAGAAGAAGACAAGUUGAAGAGUCUGGUAGCUGCAGUAGCGCUGCCCAGAAUUUCACUGAGAUCAUCCAAGCCGCCCCCGAGGCGUUCAGUUUGGCUCAAAAAGCUACUCAAGACAAACUGGAGGAAGAGAUAGGAAAGAAAAACGAACUAGAACAAUUGCUCAACUCUCCAACAUCACAGCCGCUCCCCCGUGCACGUGACGAGUUGCAGAAAGGAAUCCAAACGAUCACCUACAAAAUUGCAAGUUUGCAGGAAAAUGUUCAAAGGUGGAAGAGGCUCUUCGCCAUAGCACGCUCACUAACGAAACAGAAGAAAGAGAAAAGUGUCGCCGACACUGAGACACAGAAUACGUUAGCCACCUAAAAGAGCUGCAAUUGAACUGAUUACUCAAAUUGCUAACAGUAGCCUUCGAUGUAACUAGAUGUAUUUAGGCAUAUCUCUGGGCAUAUCACGCCGAUAGCACAUACUAGCAACACUGCAGAUCCGGCAUUUCCUAUCUUAGUAGUGCUAGACAUGUAUGUCUGCAUAUUGCUCUAUACCUCAUCUGUUUGAGGGUCUAAGUACACCAUUCUUUUGGUAAACUGGUGGUAUCCGAAAUUUGCUCUCACUUGCCAUGGAACAAUCAUUGUGUACAUAAAGUGUGUGAUCAAACAUAUAAUAUGCUAUAUGUAUGACUGUCUGCU